AUGGAACCCACUUCAAACGAAAUUAUAAAGGAAGUCAAAUUAAUAUGUCGGGAAGCAAUCUCCUCAGGGGAUCAAGAAGAGUUAACACCACGGACGAUAAUCAAUGAAUUGGUCAAGAGGCUUUCGGUAGAUGAAGUAUAUUUUAAACAAAAAGAAAUCAAAAUGUUAAUCAAGUCUACUGCAGCUUCUACUCUUGAAGAGACGAGUGGUUCAGAUGAUGAAUCAAAGGCAAAAGAAGAUUCUAUCAGUGUCAAACAAUCUUCUCCUGAAGCUCAAGUACCUUCUGAAUCUUCAUCGCAAACGAAACCUAAAUCUAGCGCUAAAGGCCGCAAAUCUACCAAAAAAGAGAAAAUAAAAGAUACAUCAUGUGAACCUCAGGUCUCUGAAAGUUCAAAGCCUAAAAUUGAGCUUACUGCCAGUGAUAGUGGGGAAUCUUCAAAAUCUGAAUCUGUUAAACAAAAGGCACCUCGAAAACGAGGUCCAAAGACGGAAAAGAAGAAUGAAAUCAAAUCAGCGCAGUUUCUCGAUUCCGAUGGUGAGCCCGUGGCCGAAUCACCUCCGACCAUCGCACCACCUUCAAAGGCUAAACGGAAGUCGACUGGUGAGGAUCAUGAAUCAGCACCCCCAGCAAAACAAUCCAAGACAAAAUCGAAAGCAACAAAAUCAACUAAGGUUUUGUCAACAGAUGAUAAACAUGCAAAAGAAAUCAAGCGAUUAAAGGGUUAUGUGAUCGCAUGUGGAGUUCGAAAACGAUGGGCACAAGAAUUUGCUUCAUGUAAUACUCCACAGUCACAAAUCCAACGGAUCAAGAUCAUCUUAUCAGAAUUAGGAAUGCCAAAUCGAUAUUCAAUGAGUAAAGCAGAAGAGAUUAGACAAAAGAGAGAAUUGGCAGAUGAUUUGAAUUCAUUACAACCUAGUCAAGAUGAUGAUGUUGAUGAAGAUGAUAAAAAGAAGAAUAAAAAAGGUAAGAUGGUGAUUGAUUCGGAUGGAUCGGAUAAUGAUGAUCAGGAUCAGGAUGGAGCAGAAGGAAAAACAAAAGUCAAGAAAAAUCCAUACGCGUUUUUAGGUCAAAACGAGGGUGACGAUAGCGACUGA